AUGCUGCAUUUCAUCAGAUUUCCAACUGAUGAAAUAAACAAUUUUUUCGAUACGUCUAAGAAGAUAGGUAUGGCAGAUAGCCUAUCUACAGUAUGUGCUACUGGUGGCGGAGCAAACAAAUUUAAAGACAAUUUUAAAAAUGAAUUGAAUAUUAAGUUGCGUCAAUGUGAUGAGCUGGCAAGCUUGAUUCGUGGCUUAUUAUUUACAGUAGCUUCAAAUAAUAACGAAUGUUAUGUUUGGUCACGACGUACUGAAGACGAGCAGUGUUCAACACAAGAGUACACAUUCCAGUAUAAUAAGUAUCCGUUUAUGGUUGUAAAUAUAGGUACUGGUGUAAGCAUAUUGAUAGUUUAUGGUCCAAAUAAUUAUAAGAGAAUAACUGGAUCGGGUAUGGGAGGUGGUACGUUUUUGGGACUAUGUAGUUUGUUGACUGGAUGCGAUACAUUUGACGAGGCAAUUGAAUUGGCCGCAAAUGGUGAUAAUUUUAAAGUUGAUAAAUCGGUUCAAGAUAUCUGUGGAGGUAGUUACAGUGAAAUUGGGAUGCCCGGAGAAGAAAUUGCUAGCUGUUUUGCCCAUAUGAACUCUAAGGAGAAACGUGCCAAAGUGUCUAAAGAAGAUUUGGCUAGAUCGAGCUUAGUUAAUAUUGCAAACGAAACUGCAGAAAAGGCAAGAAUACCUGCAUUAUAUGAAAAAAUUGAUAGAGUAUGUUUUGUUGGUAAUUUUCUGCGUGGAAACCCAAUAGCAACGAAAUUAUUAUCACAUGCUAUGGAUAAAAGGUCAAAUGGUUCACAGAAAGCUAUAUUUUUAAAGCAUGAAGGUUACUUUAGUGCAAUUGGAUGUUUGUUGUCAAUUGAUGAGUGAUUUAAAGAGUAGAUAAGAAAAUAUGGUGUAUGAACAAAAAGGACCCGGG